UUAUUCAGCCAGCGAUAGCGACCUUCAAUGGACGGUCGACAUGAACAACUAAUAUGAUCGGGUCACGUGAGAUCACCAACCGUCAGUUCUCUGAAGUCAACAGGGGCCCCACAGACAGGGUUUAACUGCUAGAAGAAGACGGCGAACAUCCACCGACUCUGUUCGUGAAGCUGUCUGAGAUAACGGCAGGGCCUUUUGUCUCUCUGCGCAGGAAGGCGUCAUCCUCUUCAAAUCAACUCUUCAAGUUCAAGUUGACAUUGCUCGUGAAGGUGAUCGUCUUGUUCUUCAAUGGAGCGAUCCCGUCAAUCCUCUGAUGCAUUUCAGCUUUUCGUCGUGGUUGUACCUGCUCUUGCAGCUCCGACGAGCACAACCUGUUCGAUGAAUUUCCUCAUUGAAUUGUAAAACAACGGAGCAGAUGUUCAGCCGGGUACUGAAACUCGGAAGGUCCGUUCCUUCUGAUCGCUUCUUCAUCCGAAAGUUCUCUUGUUCGGGCUGUUCCAUCACUUCGCUUCAAGAUCUUCAGCAAGCAUUGGCGGUCACAGUCCGAACCAGAAGCUACCAGCAAAUUCCCGACCUUCUCAACUUCGCCGGGGAUCAUUUCCCGAACCCGAACCUAUUCUCGUUUCUAGCAGAAUUCCCUGACAGCUCCCGGAUCCAUAUCAUCGAUGAAAUACUGCAGGCUUUUAUCCCUCUCAGACCUCGCUCUCGAAACCGGGCCGCCUACUCCUGCCUCCUCUCCCACACCCUCCAAAGUCCUAACCCUUUCCCGCUCUCCCUCGCCAUUGUUCAACGCUCCCUUCGUUCGGGAUGCAGCCCGUUUCCCGAGGCAAGCGUGUUACUCUCUGCAGCGUGGUUGAAGCACUGCAGGGAUUCUCGUUCCGUUGCUGAGAUCAUGUUGGGUAUGAAGUCGAUCGGGUAUAGUCCUGAUACUGGCACGUGCAAUUAUGUCAUAUCGUCUCUGAGCUCGGCUGAUCGGUUGGAUGAGGCCAUGAAGGUCUUAAAGGGCAUGGGUGGGGCUGGGUGUAUCCCCGAUUCAGACACUUAUGGGAUGAUAAUCGGCAGGAUGUGUGAUGCUAGGAGGUGUUCUGCUGCCUUGGAGAUGCUGAAGAAGAUGGUGAAGGCCGGGCUAACGCCGAGGCAGGGGACAGUGGAGAAAGUGGCAGCUGCGCUGAAGGCUAGCAGGGAAGUCAGGAAAGGUGUCGAUAUGAUUGGGUUCUUGGAAAAGGAGGAAUGCUCGGUCGGGUUUGAAGUGUAUGAGAUCGCUGCAGAAGCUUGCUUAGAGGGCAAGGAGCCCAUCUUGGCUGCAAAGGUCGUGAUGCGGAUGACUAAUCGAGGCUUUAUACCGUACAUCAAGGUCAGGCAGAUGUUGGUUGAGGGCUUGGCUUCUAAAGGCGAGCUGGGCCUUGUUCAUGCUAUUAGGCAGAGAUUAACGGAGCUCGGGUCUUAGCAGAUCGUUGUUGGAUGAUGGCGCUUUUGUUUCUGCUUCGGCAUGUCAUCACAGACAUUGGCCAUGUCCAUAAUUUAUACACUGCAAUUUGGGAAGUUUUCUGAGAACUUCCGUGUUGCAUGUAGUUCCGAUUGAUUGGGAAAUAACUGCAGUUCGGUUAUCUGUUUA